AUGUCAAGGAAUGUCGAAUACAGCGAUGCAGAGAGGUUCAUUUUCAAAAUAAUUUAAAAUUUUUUUUUUAUUCGGCGUGUUUUUUUAAGAAACGGAUCAUGGCUCGAAACAAAGAUCUGUGUUCAUUGGCACCCUAAAAACGGGCACCCUCGAAACUAAAAUACGAGAAGUUUUCAAAUUUAUGAAGUUUAGAGCAAAAGAGUACUUCAGAAACUGAAUGAGCUCGCUUCGUGAAUGAACAUUUCGAAAAAGAUGGUGAAAUUUUUCUCGGGUUUUUUUUUCGGCUCCAUUAUUAAUACCGUGUUUUCAUGGCCAAGUUCAAUGCCGUGUUCAAAGUAAAAAUUUUUUAUCGCAGAGAAAAAAGCGCACGCAUGAAUAUUCUCUACGUUUUUUUUCAGCGCCAUUUGCGGAAGAGUCGUGAAAUAAAUUGUUUUUUGUUCACCAUAGAUGUAGGAACUAAAACAAGUACAGUACCUCAUAUCUCUAAAAAAAAAAUUCAUCAAUUUUCUUUCAAAAACUUGUUUAAAAAAUAUAUUAAUCGAAUAAAGUGUGGAAAUUUUGCAGUGGUUCGCUCGUCCAUUCGCCCAGUCGCUUAUUCGUAACUGCCAAUGAACGGCAAUGUUCCUUGAUUUUCGCCCCUAAUUAUGACGUCUCUCUUUUCGGAAUUGAACGCUUUCAUCCUUUUGAUUCUCGAAAAUGGGGGAAAGUUAUUAAUUUUCUAAAAGGUAUGGAUGUCAAAAUUUUGCAUUUUUAAAUUUACUUCUUGAAGAAUGGGGUCUUGUGUCUGACAACAGCCUGAUCAGCCCGAUAGAAGCGACUAGGGACGACCUGCUGAUCGCCCACGAUAAACAGUAUGAUCGUUUCAUUGCUUCCGUGCAGUUUCUUGGAUAGGUACUUGGACGGUCUCCGAAGUCCUUGCAGAGUGGCUGCCGUUUCGGAAGUAUGUUUCGCAUCGUGCAUCCCCAUGUUCAUUUUGGACCGUUGCUUUUUGAAACCGAUGCGGUUGUAGAGUCAGAAUUCAAAAAUUUCAUUUCGGUUUUAAGGCUUCAAACUGGAGGCACAGUAGCCGCUUGUCGAAUGGCGUUAGAUAAUGGAUGGUCGAUAAACGUCGGCGGCGGAUUUCAUCACGCUUCUCGUCAGUUUUCCGUUCAAGCAGAUUCUCUCACUAGGGAACGUUUUUUACCCCCCGAUUGAACUUUCGCUGAAACUUUGCUGAAGUGUACUUUAGGACUCCCUGAUUCCAGAACAGAAAGAAAAUUUCUCGCAAUAGUUCUCGUUUUCGAGUUAUGGAGCUUCAAAGUCCGCAAAAUACGCAAAUUAGGCCAAAAAAGCGCUAUUUCGGGCUUUUGAAGCUCCAUAACUCGAAAACGAGAACUAUUGCGAGAAAUUUUUUUUCUGUUUUGGAAUCAGGGGGUCCUAAAGUACACUUCAGCAAAUUUUCAGCGAAAGUUCAAUCGGGGGGUAAAAAACGUUCCCUGGUCAGGAGGUUUAGUAUUCUUUACCUUCUGCUUUCCAGGUUCCAGUGGAGGCGGUUUUUGCGCCUACGCAGACAUAUCUCUUGCGAUUCGUAUUCUACUCGGUCAUCAACUUGUCCACAAAGUUCUAAUCUUAGAUGUGGACGCCCAUCAGGUGUUUACAUCAAUUCUCUUCAGAAAAAACAGCUUUCUGGUCAGAACUUCAUGAAAAUAACAAUUAUAAAGGGAAAUGGAUACGAACAAGACUUCGCUGAAGACUCCGAGGUUUACAUCAUCGACGUCUUCAACCCGAACGUAUAUCCUCGCGAUCGCCCAGCCCGUCAAUUCAUCAACCGCGCCGUGUACGUCGAUUCCCACACCACCGACUCGACGUAUAUGAGGUGACUUGUGUGACUUUCGAGUGAGAAUAACUGUAAACAAAGACUGAUGCGAGAAGAGGUUCGGCUUUUCUUCACUUCGUUUCACUGCGACCUCCUGGUGUAUAACGCAGGAACCGACUGUCUGGCAGGAGAUCCCCUCGGAGGCUUGCGUCUCUCUCCACAAGUCAGAGCUUAUGUUAGACAUGUUUUGUGACAUGUCUUCUUCUUUAGUGCAUAAUAGACCGAGACGAAUUUGUUUUUCGGGCGGCGCGUGACUCGGCGACUCCAAUCGCGAUGCUCACUAGUGGCGGUUACCAGAGCUCUAAUGCGGCUCUGAUUGCUGCCUCGAUAAGGAAUUUGCACGAAAAACGACUGAUUCACCUUUUCAAAUAA